CAGUUUCCAGAGAACACACAGUCAGAGCAGGUGGAUGAAGUGAACAGCGGAUGUGUCAGGACAAUAACUAAUGAAAACAGGUGUCAUCAUCACUGAAGUCUGGAAAACGAAGAGAUGAGACUGCAGGCUUCACUGUUCGUCUUGCUGCUGCUCAUUUUUGAGCUUUCAUCAUGCACACAACUCCAGGUGACACAUGGUUCCUCUCUGGAGCUGUCAUGUGUCAUGUUUCAAUCUGACAUCACCGGAGCCGCCAUCACCUGGAAAUUUCAAGGUAAAGAUGUUAACCCAGAGUCGAUUGGCACUGUUCGAGUUGUAAAGGAUGGCCGGUACCUGUCUAUAUCCCCCGUGACCUCUGCCAACGAGGGCGAGUACGUGUGUUCGGUGAAGGAGAACAAUGUGGAGAUUAUAAGCUCUUUCAACAUCACAGUUAGUGUCUCAUUUGACUAUACCAUUAAGGUAUUCCAAGGCUCAGUUCUUCGCCUGCCAUGUAAUUUCCCACCCAGCAACCAAGUCUCGGCCAAUGCGUUCUGGUUCAGAAAGACGGAUGGUGGGAAGAAGAUGAGUCUGAAUCUUGAAGACGAUUCAUGGGAUGAUAAUCAGAGAUUCGAUCUGCUUUUUCCGUUUGACCACGAUCAAACCCUCCUCAUCAGAGACACUGUCAUGGAGGAUGCUGGACUUUACCACUGUGAAUCUGCUGCGGGGCAGAAGCUCAGCACCGUAUUCGUUAUUGUUGAAGAUGCUCCUGCCCCUGUUCCUUUCCACUGCAAAGACGUGAACACAGCCUGGGAGCCGUGUCAGGACGAGAGCAGUCGUACAGGAGAGCCCAUCUUGCAGGAAUCCCUGGCAGAGUUUUCCAUGAAGCUCUAUUCUUACCUCAGACAGUCGUAUCCUUCAAGCAACUUGCUCUUUUCUCCGAUCAGCAUCAGCGGGAUGUUUUCCCAUCUGUUGCUUGGGGCAAAGAAUGACACCCGCAAAGCGAUUGAGAGGGCAGUCUGUGUCCCUCACGACUUCCACUGUUUUCACUUCCACAUGAAGAAGCUGAGAGAGAAGUUGUCCGGCUCCUUGCAAAUGGCCUCUCAGAUCUACUAUAACCCAAAAAUGAAUCUGACUGAGUCCUUCACCAACCAGUCCAUUCAGUUCUAUGACGCGAAGCCCACCAGACUGCUGAACACCACCGAGGAAAACACGCAGAUGAUCAACAGCUGGGUGGCAAAUAAAACCAACAAUAAAAUCACACAGUUGGUUGACUCCAUUUCUCCCAGUACACAGCUGAUCCUGCUCAACGCUGUCUCCUUUAGCGGUCAGUGGAAGGUCAAGUUUGGUGAGGGGCCACCAAAAGGUCUUUUCACCAAACUGAAUGGGGACCUGGUGAAUGUGCCUCUCCUCUAUCAUAAGGGAUACAUGACGGCUAUGAAGUAUGUGUUGGGGUUGAAGGCACAGGUGGCGAGGUUUGCUCUCACAGGUGACAGCAGCCUCUACAUCCUGCUGCCUCGCUCCAACAAAGUGGGCGACCUGCAGCAGCUGGAGGACAGGAUGACGGACACGGCCGUGCUCCGAAUGAUAGAAGAGCUGAAAACAACAACUCCUCAGCCGGUGGAGGUUUCUCUGCCCCAGAUCAAGCUGGACGUCCAACCAGACAUGAACAUAGUUAUGAAGAAAUUAGGUCUGUCAUCACUCUUUGAGGAGGCCAACCUUUGCGGCCUCUACUCAGAGGACAGGGUGGUUCUGGACGACGCCAGACACAGGGCCUUCCUCGCACUGACCAAAGAAGGGGUAGAGGCCGGCGCCGCCACUGCCAUGGGCUUCGCUCGCUCCUUCCCUUCCUUCUCCGCCCUGCAGCCAUUCGUCAUGCUGCUGUGGAGCGACCAGGCCAAUGUGCCUCUCUUUAUUGGUAGAGUGACCGAACCGUGAGCAAGAGAGAGGGGAUAUGAGCAGGAAAGAAACUACAUGAUGAAGAAAUGCUGAAUAAUACAUUUCAAAUAAAAGUAGUUCCAUUG